ACUGCAGAAGGUCAGAGGGAGAAGAAGAAGAGGAGACACGGGGAGAGAGAGAGAGAGAGAGAGAGAGAGGCAGAGAGGGUGGGGUGCUUUGGAUGUACACGAACAUGCCGAGAGGAGAGUGUGUGGACGAGCGAUGACAGCCAUGCUGAGCCCAAAGAUCAGACAGACCAGGAGAGCCAGGUCCAAGAGCAUGGUGAUGGGUGAGGUGUCGCGGGGCUCCUGCCGGCCGGCCUCCCCCAGCCUGCAGGAGGGGGCUCUGAAGGCUGGCUGGCUGAAGAAGCAGCGAAGCAUCAUGAAGAACUGGCAGCUCCGCUGGUUUGUGCUGCGCUCAGAUCAGCUGUUUUUCUACAAAGACGAAGAGGAAACCAAACCACAGGGCUGUAUACCUCUGCAGGGAUGCCAGGUAAACGAGCUCACAGCUAACCCAGAUGAACCAGGGAGACACCUCUUUGAGAUUGUACCAGGUGGAACAGGAGACAAGGACCGAGCACCGAUCAGCCAUGAGUCCUUCCUGCUCAUGGCAAAUUCCCAGACAGACAUGGAUGACUGGGUCAAGGCCAUACGGCGGGUCAUCUGGGCGCCGUUUGGAGGAGGGAUAUUUGGUCAACGUUUGGAGGACACAGUUCAGUAUGAGAGGAAGUAUGGCCCUCGGCUGGCCCCCUUGCUGGUGGAGCAGUGUGUGGACUUCAUCAGGGAGAGGGGUUUGGACGAGGAGGGUCUCUUUCGAAUGCCAGGACAGGCCAACCUGGUCAAAGAGCUGCAGGAGUCCUUCGAUUGCGGCGACAAGCCUUUGUUUGACAGUAAUACUGAAGUCCACACGGUGGCAUCCUUGCUAAAGCUGUACCUGCGGGAGCUGCCCGAACCAGUCAUUCCUUUCUCCAAAUAUGAAGACUUUCUAACCUGUGCACAGCUUUUGGCCAAAGAUGAGGAGGAGGGGGUCCAGGAGCUGGGAAGGCAAGUUAGCACUCUACCUCUACCUAACUACAAUCUCCUCAAGUACAUAUGCAAAUUCCUUGAUGAGGUCCAGUCCCACUGUCAUGAGAACAAGAUGGGUGUCCAGAACCUCGCCACAGUAUUUGGACCAAAUAUCCUUCGACCCAAGAUGGAGGACCCAGUAACUAUCAUGGAAGGCACCUCUUUAGUCCAGCACCUGAUGACAAUCCUCAUCAGGGAACACAUGCGGUUAUACUCAGGCCGGGACCAGGAGGGACCCACAUUAAUCGAAACAGAGCUCCCUGUUCAGGGGCAUCAGCUCCAGCAUCGCAGCCUAGGAGCCUGGAUCUCAGAGGAAGACCUCCAGAGCUGCCCGAUUUCCAACCCUGACCAAGAAAUGCACAGCAGCGCCUCAUCGCUGGAUGCCAAAUUGUGUGCAGCCGUCACUCCCACCCAGACCCCUAACCUUAACCCUGGACCAAAACUGGGAUCUUCAUCUGGGAAAGGAGAGACGGUGGUCAGCCCGAGUAAACAAGCCAAGACCAUUCCUUCCUGGAAAUACUCCUUCAAAAGCUCCUCCGCGCCGCGUUCACAGCCGCAAGCCAAGCAAAGCAGCAGUGGCGGCUCAGUGGCUGAUGUUACUAGUGUGUCUUCUGGUGGAGGAGGUGGAGGAGGUGGAGGUGGUAGUGGAGGUGGCGGGGGCGGGAACUGGCUCAUGAAUGGUCUGUCUUCCUUAAGGGGGCACAGACGCACAUCCUCAGGCGAGCGCUCUGCUCGUGAUCGAGACUCCACAGGAUCCACACAGAGACUGUCCACCUACGACAAUGUCACCUCUUCCUCCAGUAUGGGCAGCGUUCCAAGUGUAUCCAGCACACCUUGGUCUACUUCCUCCUGCGAAAUAUCCGUCCCUGACUCGGGAAGUGAGCCCUCCGCCAACCAGAACUGUGGAGUCGUUGGUGAAGCCGGGGAAAAGAGCGAGUGGAUGGAGAGCCAGAGGGAAAUGGACAGAGGAAGGGAUGGAGGAAUGACAACAGACCCGAGCUCUGAGCAGGACAGUUGCGAGGCCAUGGAGCUGUGCAGUAGCAGCGCAGCUUGCAGUGAAAACGGGAACACGGCGAUGGCAACUGGGGUGCCGUCCAUUAUCAUGUCGGAAGACGGAGACGGGACAAAUCUGACACUGAGUGGCCUGGUGGAAGGACUGAAUGAGGAGUUGAGCAAACAGAAGACUGCAUACGAAUCCAGGAUCCUAAAACUGGAGGAGUCGAGCGCUGCUCUGUGCGCACAGAUGGAGCGUUUGGAACAAGAGAUGGAGCAGGAAAAGAAGAAGCAACGCAUGCUGGAGAUCAAGCUACGAAACUCCGAGCGGGCACGGGAGGACGCAGAGAACCGCAACCGGCUUCUGGAGAAAGAGAUGGAGGAUUUCUUCUCCACACUGGGAGAUCUCGCAUUGGGAGCGAGGACUAGUGAUAUUUGACACGGCUCAUCUCUCUCUGGCCAAGACUGCCAGCUUUUUAUAUUUUUGGGGGGAUUUGGUGUCUUUUAAGGGCUUACGUCCUCCUCGGUGCAUCAGGGCGUUCCUUCAAAAGAAGAAAACUGAAGGAACUGGACAAGUUUGUGUACAUUCAGGACAAACUGGAAGGAAAUUCUGAAGGAUGAAAAAAAUAUGAAGCUGUGACUGACUGUGUGGUCCUUGUCAGAAUGUUUAUGUAGAACAGUGUUUGACUGCGCAUGCUUGAAAUGGAGCAUUUUGAUUGGAAGAAAGCGCUCCUCAUAACACUCCUUGAUGCGUCCAGUGUUUGUCUCAUGAAGGCAGUCUUUCACGGUUCAGGUGCCUGUAUGUGAAUAAUUAAAACAUAAUGUUCUUUCUAUGACAUUCUCUGUACUGGAGAGCACUGACUUUCUGAACCACUACUCAACCACAACAUGAAUCCUUACUGAAACUGCAAAAUCCAUCAGAGACAUGAAUGUUGAAUGCCGACAGCUAACUGACAUCUAGCUGCAAUGAAUUUGCUACAUUUAGCAAAAUACUCUUGUCAUCUUGCAGCGUGUUAGGCUUAAGGCUUGAUACCUCUCUCAUGUAAUUACAGCCAGCAGCUAGUUAGCCUAGCUUAAGAAAUCAAAACACAAAGGGAAAACGCAAGCUCAGCACUGUCCAAAACCUGUAAAGAUACACUAACGUAUCUUGUCGUCGUUUAAACAAUUUGUAGAACUACAAGCGCUGGUUUUAUAGUAGGUCUCUUCUUCAUCUCGAGCUUGGCUAACCGAGCUUUAUAUUAUGCAGAUUUUAUUUUUUGCUUCAGACAGCACUCGACUCUUUCCAGCUUCCCACUGUUUUUAACCAUUAUGUUAAGCUAAGCUACAGCUAACAGUUAAGCCGAGCGUACACUGUACAAUUUCAGUGUGAUUUAGACUCCAUUUUUGAGCCCAAUCAGCUGCUCCCGACUGGUCGGGUUAUUUUCUUCUGGCGUGUGUGAUAUUUUGUGUUGUACGACUGCACACACUCGCACAGUAAGAGCAGAGCCACGGGCUGAUUCCCACAAUUUGGGACUCUCCGACCUGAUGUGUCUGCCCAAACUGACAGCGUCCAAAAUCACCAUGGU